CUGAUAUAUAGCUUGAAGACGAAGCUGAUGCAACACUGGCCGGAGAUAACACAGGCAUCACGUCAGAGCACAGCAGGCGACAGCUUUAAAGGAGGAAGCCGCAUCUCAUUCUUCAGAAAACAAGACGCACAGGAGUUUCUGCUGCUCAUAACCCGGUACCAGCAUGCCUGUCAUCAGAACCCUCAGCAAGGUGGCCAAGCAGGCCCUGCUCAGCACCCCAGGGUGCGGCUGCCAGCCCCUAACGGUGGCUGUGCGCAACAUCAGCUUCUCCCCCCGGCAGGUGACCUCUGACGCCAGCUUCCACUCUGUGUCCUUCUCAGAAACAGACCACCCCAAGGUGCUCAUUACAGGUGGCCUGGGUCAGCUUGGGGUGGGGCUCGCCAAGUUGUUGAGAAAGAGGUUUGGAAAGAACAACGUCAUUCUGUCCGACAUCAGGAAACCUCCGAGCAACGUUUUCCACAGCGGUCCCUUCAUCUACUCAGACAUCUUGGACUACAAGAACCUGCGGGAAAUUGUGGUGAACAACCGCAUCACUUGGCUGGUUCACUACAGCGCCCUCCUCAGUGCUGUUGGAGAGGCUAACGUGGCGCUGGCACGCUCUGUAAACAUCACUGGGCUUCACAACAUCUUGGACAUCGCAGCAGAGCACGGUUUACGUUUGUUUGUCCCCAGCACCAUCGGCGCCUUUGGUCCCACUUCACCCCGCAACCCUACACCAGAUCUGUGUGUGCAGAGACCUCGCACUAUCUAUGGUGUCUCCAAAGUCCAUGCUGAGCUGAUGGGAGAGUACUAUCACCACCGUUACGGCCUGGACUUCCGCUGUCUCCGUUACCCAGGAAUCAUCUCUGCUGACUCCAUGCCUGGGGGCGGCACAACAGACUACGCCGUCCAGAUUUUCCACGACGCAAUCAAAAGCGGCAAAUUUGAGUGCAACCUGAAACCCGACACGCGGCUGCCCAUGAUGUACAUUGACGACUGCCUGCGGGCCACGCUGGAGGUGAUGGAGGCGCCGGCCGACACGUUGAGCAUGAGGACCUACAACAUCAACGCCAUGAGCUUCACCCCCGAGGAGCUGGCCCAGGAGCUCCAGAAGCAGAUGCCCGAGCUGGAGGUCACGUAUGACGUUGACCACGUACGGCAGGCCAUAGCUGACAGUUGGCCAAUGGACUUCGACGACUCCAACGCACGGAAGGACUGGGGCUGGAAGCACGAUUACGAUCUCCCGGAGCUCGUCCAGACAAUGCUCAACUACUUGAGCACGGACACGCGCAUGGCUCGCGCUAACUGAGGGCGCCCAGUGUUCUUUGUACAUAAUGUAAAGACUGACCAAAGAGAAUAGAGAAACACGGCCUGUACAUACUCGUUGUCUCACUUCUCUCUGUUAAAAUCAGAAGGGCUCUGCUUGCCUGGCACAAAGGCUACCGUGUCUCCAGAAUGUAAAAGGUCAGCGCGGGCUAGACAAUCCUCCUCCCGCUCGUGUCUAUCUACCCCUGCUUUGCCCCUCAUUUUUCUGCUUGGAGAUUUGGGCGAAGGGCAGUCUGUUGGUGGAAGGUUGUCAGCGGUAUCAGGGAUAAAAACGUGGCCUGUGAAAACGUGAUUGGAUGAAAAAGAAGAUGACUUGCAUGUUGAUGAGUUGCGCAAAUGUUGCAAAAAAUCACUUUAACAAACUGUUGCAUUGUGUAUUUGCGAGUUUUCUCUUCGGAGAUCCAACUCAGUCAGGGUUUUGUUUCAAAGGGUUGUCAAAAUUCAGGUAUUUCGGGGCCUAACGCUCCUGGGGCUAAAAUCAAGUAAUUUAGUUGUGUCCUUUGAUGCACUUUAGACAGAUCCUAAAAUUUCUGACAAGUAAAUGAGUCUAAUUACCUGCAGGGGUGAUUCCCGAUACGGUGCAUCUGUAUCUUGAGCAGUGCAGAGCGAUGAUUCUCAAGAACUGUUCUUCUGUUUAUUCCACGUAACAUUAUUUAUUCUGUCUGUUGGUGUUAAACUUGUGGGAGCUUCAUUGAGUGAAAGCAUUACUUAACACUUUUGUUCCUCGUGUUCCUGUCCCCUUUUGUUAUUUUUUUUUUUCAUCAAUUCUGGAAUUAUUGUGACACAUAAAGGGAAAUGUGACGCUGCACGCCACAUUCACGUUCGGCCACAUUUAGUGGUUUCUGUGUUUUAACGUUUUGUAUGAGAUUUGCUGAAAUUGGGUUCAUAGUGAAAGUCUUAGCGGGUUCUGUUUGUUCUUUCAAUCACACAACGAGCUUUGACAAUAAAACUUUUUUUUUUUCCACA